AACCCUCAAGUUAGUGUAAGCAGAUGUUGGUUAUAGCUCACAUUGGUGGGAAGUAUAUAAUCACCACCCGUAUAGCCACCCACUGUCCAUUUCUGGUCCUAAAACUUCCUCAAAAGUGUGUUUCUAAUUUUAUGGAAACCCUUUGAAAUUUGGCAUAGUUUUCAAAAGUAUGUAGGGGAAAAAAAAAAAAAAGAUAAAGUCUGCCAGAGGUUUAGCCUCCAACUGUGAAAACAGACACUGCCUUUUCAAACUCCUCUCCUAGAUCCACUGACCAACACCCAGAAGAGAGAAUUUACAUUCUUUGAGAAUACAGCAGGAAAAUGAAGACCCGGCUAAAAAUAAUUUUUGGCGUGGUUAUAUGCCUUUUGCUUUCCUUAUUACUGGUGUGUAUUAUACUGCUUCCAUCAAGAGUUGUCAACACAGAUGAUGGACCCAGAGCCCUCACACUGGAGGAUUACCUGAAUGGAAACUUCCAAUAUAAAACAUUUUUUCCAUAUUGGGUGUCAGACAAUGAAUAUCUUCAUCAGUCUGCAGAAGAUGACAUUAUACUCUACAAUGUUGAAAUGAACUACCCAACUACCAUCAUGACUAACAGCACAAUGAAACAAGUGAAUGCUUCAAAUUAUGUGUUGUCAUCUGACAAGUAUUUCAUAGCUCUGGAAAGCAAUUAUUCAAAGCUGUGGAGAUACUCCUAUACAGCAUCAUACCACAUUUAUGAUCUCAUAUAUGGUGGUUUUGUAACAGAAAAUCAGCUUCCACAUAAAAUUCAGUAUAUAUCCUGGUCACCCACUGGACACAAAUUGGUAUAUGUAUAUCAGAAUAAUAUCUAUUUGAAACGAAGUCCAAGAGAGGCACCAAUUAAAAUAACUACUGAUGGAAAGCAGAAUGAAAUAUUUAAUGGGAUUCCUGACUGGGUCUAUGAAGAGGAAAUGCUAGCAACAAAAUAUGCAUUGUGGUGGUCUCCAAGUGGAAAGUAUUUAGCAUAUGUACAAUUUAAUGAUACUGACAUACCAGUUAUUGAAUAUUCAUAUUUUGGUGAGGACCAGUAUCCUAGAAAAAUAAUUAUCCCCUACCCAAAGGCUGGGGCUAAAAAUCCUACUGUUAAAGUGUUUAUUGUAGACACUAUUAAUGCUGAAGCAUAUGGUCCUAAGAAGGUGCCAGUUCCUGCAGUCAUAGCAUCAAGUGAUCACUAUUUUACUUGGCUUACUUGGGUAACAGAUAGUCGAGUCUGUGUGCAAUGGCUAAAGAGAAUCCAGAAUUUUUCAGUCUUAGCUAUUUGUGACUUCAAAGAGAAUUCAAAUACAUGGGACUGUCCAGAGAAUCAACAGCACAUAGAAGAGAGUCAAACAGGAUGGGCAGGCGGGUUCUUUGUUUCUGCACCAUAUUUUACAUCAGACAGCAGUUCAUAUUACAAAAUUUUUAGUGACAAAAAUGGUUAUAAGCAUAUUCAUUACAUCAAUGGCUCUGUGGAGAAUGCAAUCCAAAUUACAAGUGGAGAAUGGGAAGCAAUAUACAUUUUCAGAGUAACAAAUGAUGCAAUUUUCUAUUCAAGCAAUGAAUUUGAAGGCUAUCCAGGAAGAAGGAAUAUUUACAAAAUCAGUAUUGGAAGUAGACCUAUCAGAAAACAAUGCAUUACUUGCAAUUUAAGGAAAGAGAGAUGCCAGUAUUAUACAGCAAGGUUCAGUGAACAUUCUAAGUAUUACGCCUUGAUCUGUUAUGGUCCUGGGAUUCCCAUGUCUACUCUUUUUGAGAACUACAGUGAUAGAGAGCUCAGAGUAUUGGAAGACAAUUGGGAAUUGCAGUCUGCUUUGCAAAAUAUCCAACUGCCAAAAGAAGAAAUUAAUAAACUUGAAGUGGAUGGUAUAACUUUGUGGUACAAAAUGCUUCUACCCCCCCAGUUUGAUAGAUCCAAGAAGUACCCUCUGCUUAUUCAGGUGUAUGGAGGACCCUGCAGUCAGAAUGUAAAGGAAACAUUUAGCAUUAGCUGGAUAACCUAUCUUGCAAGCAAAGAGGGAAUUAUUGUUAUUCUAGUGGAUGGCAGAGGGACAGCUUAUCAAGGUGACAAGAUUUUGCAUGCGGUAUAUCGAAGACUUGGAGUCUAUGAAGUUGAGGACCAAAUCUCAGCAGUGAAGAAAUUUAUAGAAAUGGGUUUUAUUGAUGAGAAACGAAUAGCAAUAUGGGGCUGGUCCUAUGGUGGGUACGUAACUUCUUUGGCACUUGGAUCUGGCAGUGGAGUAUUUAAAUGCGGAAUGGCUGUGGCUCCUGUUUCCAGCUGGGAAUAUUACGCAUCUAUCUACACAGAACGAUUUAUGGGUCUGCCUGUAGAGUCCGAUAAUCUUGAGCACUACAAGAAUUCAACUGUGAUGGCAAGAGCAAAGAAUUUCCAAAAUGUAGAAUAUCUUCUCAUCCAUGGAACAGCAGAUGAUAACGUACAUUUCCAGAACUCAGCACAAAUCGCAAAAGCUCUGGUUAAUGCACAGGUGGAUUUCCAGGCAAUGGGAGAAGAAUGAGAAUCCAGCCUCCUUAUGAAAGUUGUGAUAGCUAGUAAAAGAGAGAAAGGUGAAGGAGCUGGCUUCUGGGGGCAAAACCAUAACUGGUCUGAUGGAUUCUAUCUUUUACUGGACAUACCUACCACAGGCACAAGGUGAAACGCACAAAAAGGGUAGAAUCCAAGUAGUAUAUCCAGCAUCAGAAAAUACACAAGUUGUCCACAAAACUUGCUUGCAGUGCAGGCAGAGGAAAACACAUAAACAAGAGGUUAGAGGAUAUAAAUGAGGAAUGAACAACAAAAAAGUACUUUGAAUUACACUCAAAGCUCUGUUUCUGCACCUUUUUUCUUGGAGCUAAUGACCAAAGUGUUUGCCUGCUAUCAAAUGUACUAGCCUUCUGCCUGAAUCUACUUUCCCAGGACCAUGAACCUCCCAAAAAGGGAUCACACAGGAAUCUCUCUGUACUUGGGGUUUGUAGGCCAUUUUGUGUAUUCCACAUUCUCUGCCUCCUUCACUGAUAUUUAGCAAACCAUUGUUAUUUCUCAAGUAUCUGGAAUAGUGUAUAGAGUUAUAGUCAUUCCAGUUAAGCUAUAGGGGAAUGGCAGUUAUUUCUAAGAGUCAGCAGAAUUCAUAUGGAUUUUAUUUGCAGUACACGAUUCAUAAUGUUCAUGGCCCUGAUGUAAUGCAGGAUGUUUUGAACAGAAUCCCACAGCAUCUAGCUGAAAGCUUGUUGCUUAGAGCCCAGUAUUCCAGAGCAAGACUGUGACCCUAACGGCCAAGGCCAUGCAGCAGGUCAAAGCCAUUUCAUCCCUAAGGGAAUCUCAAAGCCCUUUUGCCUAACUUGAUACAACUGACUUGUCAGUACUGAGGCAGUAAUGAUUACUCCUAGGUUACAGAAGGUUUAGAAACUUUUUUUUUCAGCAAUAUGAACAUACUGGAAAGUGCUGAAAAGAAAGAAGAGUAGCAAGUCCCUCAGUUUUCUUGAGGCAUCCACUUACUUUUAUAUGAAAAUAAAGUUCUUGUAUUUAUUAACUAUUGCAGAAUUGAAAACAUAACAUAGGGGGUUUAUGUUGUUUUGGUUUU